AUGGGAAGAACUAAUAAUUCUACAUCGAUAUUUGAACAAGAGGACUUAUUCCCUUUGACCACCAUCCCAGAAUAUUCUCAAAAAGAAGAAGAAAUUACUUCGAGCAAUGGUGGUAAAAAUGAUUGCGCCAGUUCCAAUGAAUCAUGUGAAAAGAAAAAUCAAGAUCAUGACAGUAUAAAUGGAAAAGAUAUUAUAAAUGUUGAUGAGAAAGAAUUGAAGAUGAACUUUGGAUUGAGAAAAAAUUUACCCGAGGAUUUAUUAAAUGUUGGACCUGUUCCAAUCUCCAUUAAUGAAAAUAAACUUGGGGAAAGAGAUUACGGAGGAGCAGGUGAAGAUGUUGAUUAUGUCAUGAGUGGUAGUCGUCAUCGACGUAUGAAUGCAGUACGUAUUCAUAAAGAAAAUCAAGUUAUUUCUGCAGAAGAGAAGCGAGCUUUGAUGCUAUACAACCAAUAUGCUCUAUCUAGUAAAACAAUUAAGAAUAUACUUGAAAACUCAGCUACAAAUGAAAAAGUUGAAGUACACGGUUGGAUACGUUCCGUACGUAUUCAAAAAAACGUAUCAUUUGCUAUGAUUAAUGAUGGUUCGAGUCUAAAAGGUUUACAGGCUAUCUUAACGGUCGAAGAAGCAAAAAUGUAUCGGACAUGUGUCAGAAUACGUGGAGUUCUCGCGCAAAGUCUCGGAACUGAACAAAGCAAAGAAUUACAAGCACAUGAUGUCAAAAUCUUGGGGGAAUGUGGUUCUGAUUAUCCUUUACAAAAAAAACAUCAUUCUAUGGAAUUUCUUCGAGAAAACUUGCAUUUAAGAUCUCGAACAAAUAUUUUUGGAACUAUUAUACGCAUUAGAAAUGCUGCAGUUUUAGCCUUUCAGAAUUUUUUCCAGAAAAAUGAAUUUUUUCAAGUUCAUACGCCAAUCAUAACAAGUUCAGAUUGUGAAGGUGGUGGGGAAGUGUUUAAUAUAUCUAAUAAAUUGCCAAAGAUCAAAGAAAAAUCUCUAGAACAAAAGUCACAAUCAAAUGAUUUCUUUGGAAUGCCAGUAUAUUUAACAGUUUCAGGACAACUUCAUGCUGAAAUGUUAGCAUAUGCAAUGUCCCGAGUUUUCAUUUUUGGGCCAGUUUUUAGGGCAGAAGGAUCUCUUACUUCAAGACAUUUGGCAGAAUUUUGGAUGUUGGAAGCAGAAAUUGCAUACUUAUUUGAAUUGGAAGAAUUAUUAAAUUUCACAGAGAUAUGUAUAAAAGAAACAACAAAAUAUAUUUUGGAUAAUUGCUCACAAGAUAUAUCAUUUUGUAAUCAACAGAUUGAUAAAGAACUUAUCAAAUGUUUAGAAAACACAAUAAAUAAUUCAUUUUCCCGGUUAAGUUAUUUAGAAGCCAUUGAUGUACUUUCAAAAGCAAAUCAAAAAUUUGAAUUUCUACCAAAAUAUGGUUCUUCAUUACAUAGUGAACAUGAAAAAUAUUUAGCAAAUAAUUACUGUUGUGGACCAGUGUUUAUUACAGAUUAUCCCAAAGAAAUAAAACCAUUUUAUAUGCGUAUUAAUCCAGAUGAUAAAACAGUGGCUUGCACAGAUUUACUUGUACCAAAAAUUGGAGAGUUGGUUGGUGGUAGUUUAAGAGAGGAACGAUAUAAGAUAUUAGAACAAAAUUUAAAAAAACAUGAUAGAAGCAAUGAUUAUCAAUGGUAUCUUGAUUUGAGAAAAUAUGGAACUGCACCGCAUGGUGGAUUUGGGAUCGGUUUUGAAAGAUAUUUACAAUAUUUAACUGGUAUAGAAAAUAUUCGUGAUGUAAUACCAUUUCCACGUACAGCAUCUUAUUGUAAAUAUUAA